CGCACUUGCGUUUGACUUGCGUAGCACGUUUGUUUUCCGUUUUUCUUGUCUGAGUUUUGUUUGUUUAUUUUUGGAAAGAUGGGUAAACUUGAUGUUGCUAUUUUGCGGUAUUUAACUCCUGAGGAUUUUCGUGUUCUAACAGCGGUGGAGAUGGGAAUGAAGAAUCAUGAACUGGUGCCCGGCUCCCUCGUCGCAUCGAUAGCUAAUUUACGUCACGGCGGAGUACACAAGCUGAUGAAAGAUUUAUGUAAACACAGACUUAUGACAUACGAACGUGGAAAACAUUAUGAUGGGUACCGUUUGACAAAUGCUGGCUAUGACUACUUAGCUUUAAAGGCCCUCACAAGCAGAAAGGUGAUUGCUUCAUUUGGCAAUCAAAUCGGUGUUGGCAAAGAAUCCAAUAUAUACACAGUGGCAGAUGAAGAUAGGAAUCCCUUAUGUUUGAAACUUCACAGGCUAGGUCGAACAUGCUUCCGUAAUGUAAAAGACAAGAGGGAUUACCACGCUCACCGUAACCGUGCCUCGUGGCUUUAUCUUUCUCGUAUCUCUGCAACCAAGGAGUUUGCGUACAUGAAGGCGUUAUAUGACAGAGACUUUCCUGUGCCCAAACCUAUCGAUUUUAACAGACAUUGUGUUGUCAUGGAGCUUGUUUCUGGAGGUCCAAUGACUCAUGUAAUGGCAGUUGACGAUAUUGAAGGGCUAUACGAUGAACUAAUGUCUUUGAUAGUGCGUUUGGGGAACUGUGGUGUGAUACACGGUGACUUCAAUGAGUUCAACAUAAUGAUAGACAAUGAUGGACAUCCUAUAAUCAUUGAUUUCCCUCAAAUGGUUUCAACAAAGCAUCCCAAUGCUGAGCUAUAUUUCGACCGUGACGUCAAGUGUAUCAGGGAGUUUUUCAAGAAGCGCUUUGGUUACGAGAGCAGCCUUUAUCCACGUUUCAGUGAUUUGCAAAGAGAUGAUCAUCUCGAUGAGGAAGUAGCUUGUUCUGGGUACAAGCGGACACACCACAUUGAAAAUGAGCUGUUACAGGAAAUGGGUAUUGAUCUCCAAGUAAGCGAUGAUGAUGAGAGUGACACUGAGGACAGUCAAGAACCAGAAGAAACUUCUAAAUGUUCAGAAGAUGAAAUCACUACGCUCAGGCGCGAGGUUGAAGAAUCAAUACAGCGAGAUGAAACAGUAGCAGUACAAAACUUAACAAAAAACACAGAGACUCUAUCAAUAAACAAUAAAAUCGAAACAGAAGAAGUACCAACCCUGAUACCAGCAGAAGCAUCAAAAGAGCAGAGACCUAAUGAAGAACAAGAAGACAAGACAUCACAAAAGUAUAGACUAGCAAUGAUCGAAAAAGCGUUAUCAGAUGUAAGAUCUAGUAGAUCUUACACUUCUGCCAGUACAAUAGCUCCGGAAAUUGUAAAGCAACAAGUUAAGAAGAAUCUAGAAGCGAAACAGAAGAGAAUGGAGAGGAAGAAGGCGAUAGCAAAAGGAGAAGCGAGUGCAGUCACUAGACAAAGAAGAGAUAAUAAGGAGACCAUAAGAGAAAGUCACGGACUGUGGGGGUGGGCAGAGUGAUUUGAAAUUUAUAAUUUGCAUAAAUUUAGGGACACAUGAAAGAUGAAUCAAUAAAAAAAUAAUUAAAAGUUAGAAAUCAGCUAGAUCACCGUAUUCAAAUUAACAAGUAGUCACUAAGCCCUUCAGAUAACGUAUUGUAAUUUACUAUGAAUUGGUCAAGGGGCGUGGCGUAUUAAUUGACAGCGAGGAAUCACUUUUCCUAACGCGAAUAAACUAACUAAGAUAAGAUUUAUUUGGUUAAAUAUCAAAUUUCUAAAGCACUAUUUUUUGGUUGAAAAACCUCUUUCAUACGUUGCCAUGUAAAAAUUUCGUGAUAAACUAUCUCGAACUAUCGUGUAUCAGACAAUAUUUAUUAAAAUAUUGGAUUACAAUAUAUUAAAAUGGUAUGAAUUUGUAUGUUUACAAAUAUGUUUGAGUGGAGUAAAUGUUUAUGUUUAAUAUACAA